GUAUUCCGGCCCACAAAUUCAUAGGGGAAAAAAACCAAAUUUCACUUGGCUUUCAGAGAAAAAGAGAGAGCGGGAGGGAAAGAGAAGAAACUCUUAAAUCUGGAGGUUGAAGUUGAAGCUGAUAAACCCUCGAUUACAAUCCCAACAAAUCGAACCAGUUCGCCAUGAUUUGGAGGAGUUUAGCUUCCACCUCAAUGCUGCUCGCUGCUAAAUCCACAGCUUCGGCCAACGGAAGAACGGCGACGAGGGAUUUUCGUCGUGCUUACAGCUUGGUUCCGAUGGUCAUUGAACACACAUCGAGAGGAGAAAGAGCCUACGACAUAUUCUCUCGUCUUCUCAAGGAGCGCAUAAUUUGCAUCAAUGGCCCUAUUUCUGACGAUACUGCCCAUGUCGUGGUUGCUCAGCUCCUCUUUCUCGAGUCUGAGAAUCCCUCGAAGCCCAUCAACAUGUACCUCAACUCCCCCGGCGGCGCCGUCACUGCCGGGCUUGCUAUAUAUGAUACUAUGCAGUAUAUAAGGUCGCCCAUCAACACCAUCUGUUUGGGUCAGGCUGCAUCGAUGGCUUCUCUUCUUCUAGCUGCUGGUGCCAAGGGUGAGAGACGAUCACUUCCUAAUGCAACUAUCAUGAUUCACCAGCCUUCCGGUGGAUACAGUGGGCAAGCAAAGGAUAUGACAAUUCACACGAAACAAAUUGUUCGGGUUUGGGAUGCACUAAAUGAGCUGUAUUCCAAGCAUACAUCACAGUCAGUAGAGAUUAUUCAGAAGUAUAUGGACAGGGAUUAUUUUAUGACCCCAGAAGAGGCCAAGGAGUUUGGCAUAAUUGACGAGGUGAUUGAUCAAAGGCCCAUAGCCCUGGUGACCGAUGCAGUUGGUAAUGAAGGCAAAGAUAAAGGUUCGAGCUAAGAUUUGAGACCGUAUCAGACUGGGGAGAAUUUGUACUUCAGUCCAUGUACACAUACUUUUAUGCAAUGAGAUCAGAACUGGCUGAAUUUGAUUAAGGUUUCUUUGUGUUAUGAUAAGCUCAUUUGUGUGUACAUUGUCAAUACUACCAAGAAUAGACUUCUGUCGCGGUGCAAAACUUGGUUAAUUUGGAUUUUGAGCUGGAUUCCAUAAAAAUGUUUUAUGCUUUUCCCAUAUUUGGAGUAUUUUUGUGUUUCUUCAGCAUGGUUUCAAUCCUUUGCUGCUUGUUUCAUUAUUUAAUGCAGUUGUCCUAUGCUCUAA